AUUUUCUUCUUAAAAAAAUCACCCCAAAUUCCAAAAUACUCCCACUUCUCUAAAAAUUCACACUUCCCAAUAUCAAAUCUCUCUUUUUUCCCACUCCAUUUUCAACUAAAUUCUCCCCAACAAAAAAACCUAACUUCCAUCCCUUCUCUUCAUCAGGUUCAUCUCUUUUUAUAUAACCCACCAAAAAUCUUGAUGCUUUUCACAAUUAUAAUUCUCCCUCCACCCCCAUUUUCGUUACACAAUCCCUUAUAAUGGACGAUAUGUACGGAAUUCAUCAUCAGACGAUUGAGGAUUACUCAGAUAAAUCCUUGAUCUCCCCAGAUAACCUCAUCUUACCGUCUGAUUACCAUUCUUUGAUCAUGAAUUCUGGAAACACAACAGCCGUCAGAUUUGGGUCUGAUGAAUUAAUCAACGCUACCUGUUUGUCUGAGUCUGCUUCUGUAACUCCUGAGAUGCAACCUGAUGAUCAUACUUCUAAUUCCAUCAAGAUGAAGAUUGCUUCUCAUCCUCACUAUCCUCGUCUUCUUCAAGCUUACAUAGACUGUCAUAAGGUGGGAGCACCGCCAGAAAUAGCAAAUAUAUUGGAUGAAAUCAAGCAAGAGAGUGAUAUGUAUAGUCAAGAUAUAGGAAGAGGAAGGAGGACAUGCUUAGGAAUGGAUCCUGAACUUGAUGAAUUUAUGGAGACUUAUUGUGAGAUAUUGGACAAAUAUAAGUCAGAUCUUUCAAGACCCUUUGACGAAGCUACAGACUUCUUGAACAAAAUUGAGACUCAACUUAGAAAUCUUUGCAAGGGAGUUUUUGUAAACACUACAUCUGCUGGUGAUUCGGAGACAAUAAGGGAAUCUUCCCAAGAACAAGGCUCGAUUGAAGAGGAAGGCGCUGUAUCAUCGGAUGAGGACUGUAGCGGAGGAGAAAUAGAUGUACAGGAUCCGCAACCGAAGGAUGGAGAACAGGAUCUUAAGAAUCAGCUCCUACGUAGAUUUGGGAGUCAUAUAAGCAGCCUCAAGCUCGAAUUUUCGAAGAAAAAGAAGAAAGGGAAGCUACCUAGAGAAGCUAGACAAAUGCUUUUCGAGUGGUGGAAUGCUCACUAUAAAUGGCCGUAUCCUACUGAAGCCGAUAAGAUUGCACUAGCUGAGAUGACGGGUUUGGAUCAAAGGCAAAUCAACAAUUGGUUCAUAAACCAACGGAAGCGCCAUUGGAAACCAUCUGAGAACAUGCAAUACGCGCUCAUGGAUGGCUUCGCUGGACAAUACUUCACAGACGACUAAGGAGUAAGGACGACCUAAAAUAUAAACGAGACAUUGACAGGCUCAACCCUUGAACUCCACACGAUAAAAUCUUAUUUAUUUUUGUUGCUUAUGCAUAUGUUCUAAUGGCGAUUUAUCCAAGUAUAAGAAAACUGUUUAGGUUCAUUUUGGAUGAAAAGAGGGAAAAUUAUGACCCCCUCCAUCAUUUGCAUUAUCAUUGCAAUGUAAAACUGAACAUAUACUGCUAAUGUAUUUGCAUAAAUGAAAUGGCUAAUUUCAUAUGAAUUUGUUUUC